UACACACGUAUUACGUAUAUAGUCAGAGAUAAAGACCCCACCUCUCUCUCUCUCUCUCUCUCUCGUCAUCACAUAAAGGAGCAAACGAGCCAGGUCUCUUUUGCCUUCUUCGUGCGCUUACAGAUCGAGCUCUCAUUCUCGUUUGAUCUCGAUCCCUUUGCACCUGCCAACACCGGCCACUUUCUUCGGCUGAUCUCAUUGAGCAGGCAGCAGGCAUGGGAAAGAAGCUUGAUGCUCUUCUGGGUAGAACCUUCAAGGCCUCCAAGUUUAAGCCUGUUAUCACUCUCGCUUUCUCUCGCCUCGCCGUCUUCAAGAACCAGCGCAAAGUCCGGUGCUCCCAAGACCGGUCCGACGUCGUUCAGCUCCUUCAGCUGGGUAGCCAUGACCGUGCUCUUCUUCGUGUUGAGCAUGUGAUCAAGGAACAGAAUAUGUUCGAUGUGUACGUUAUGAUAGAGGACUAUUGCAAUCUUCUGAUUGAGAGGCUCCACCUCGUUGAACAAGAAAGAGAGUGCCCCGAUGAACUGAAGGAGGCAAUCUCAAGCUUGAUCUAUGCGGCUUCCAGAGUCGGGGAUUUCCCAGAGCUUCAAGAGAUUCGUUCUACUCUUACAUCCCGUUUUGGUAAAGAGUUUGCUGCUCGUGCCAUUGAUUUACGCAACAACUGUGGAGUAAAUCUUAAGAUGAUAAAUAAACUAUCAACCAGGCAACCAAGCUUGGAGAGCAGAAUGAAAGUGCUCAAAGAAAUUGCAUCCGAGAACAACAUCGUUCUGCAACUUGAGGAAGCUGAUUCCAUUUCGACUGAGGAAAACUUGGACGUGAACAAGAAGCAAAACCAGCCUGAGCCGAACACAUCUGCCAAUUCAGGCAGCACCAAGGUUGGGGAUAAUUUGCGUAUUUCGCAUGAAGAGAUCAAAAAAGAUGAUGGGUUCUCUGAUUCAAUGAAAACUAGAAGAAAAUACAGGGAUGUAGCUGACGCAGCUCAAGCAGCAUUUGAGUCGGCUGCUUAUGCAGCAGAAGCUGCAAGAGCUGCAGUGGAACUCUCUCGAUCUGAACCGUAUGAUCCUGAUGAUCAGGGUAGUCCCAGUACUGGACAAGGCAAAGUAUUGAACAUGCACGGAUCUAAAUCAGUAAAUGAAGAAAUGCACAGUGAAUAUCGAGCUGAAGAAAUGAAACAUAAAAAUGCAGCAGAAUUGAAGAGGUCAAUCUCUGCUUCAAGCUCAGAUUCAGCAGAAGACAUUUCGAUGGUGAUCGCAAUAUCCUCAGAUGAUGUGAUAGGUCAGGGUGAUCCUUUUGACAAGUCAUUGCAUUUUGAUGAGAGUGAUAAUGAGACUGAGAAUGAACAAAGCAGCAUACCGUCUCACAAGCAAAUUCCUUCACGGUUUCAAGCUGGCCUAAAGGUGGAAUCCGACCUUGGAAACCCAAUAGGACAUGCUGCAGAAGGAUCUGGGGCGCAUAGUGCACAUCGUAUAAACAUAAAGAAAAGACCAAUAUCUGUCAGGACUAAACAAGUUCGCGGAUACUGAAAAGGCGCCCUACUAUAUUUUGAUAUAUAUUCUGCAAGUUUGAGAGCUGUGGCAAUAUCAAUCGAUCGAGUGAGUCUAUGUUAGCUUUCUUUAUUUUUCUUCCAUAAAUUUUUCGUAAAUGUAUACUGGUGUUAUCAUUUGGACUGCAAGUGCCUGUUAAUUUUUUCAUUUUUUUUUGUUUUUGAGUGAGUUGAAAAUUACUAUUUCAAAUAGUUAACAAGUGUGUGAGUUUAUUUUUCCUUUA